AGAGUGCGGAUACUUGCAAGUAAAUGUAGGAGAUUACAGUGAGAUGGCGGACGAUCAGUACAUGGGAGAAAAUGGAGUCGUGAACAACGCACAGUACUAUCAGCAAGUUCCACAAAGAAAUGUGGUGAUGAACAGACCGGCAUUGCAAACAGAACCCUCGGUCUCCAUUGUAAGGGAUGAUAUCCAACGACCUUUGUCAACUCUGCAGCAAAAUCUUAUCCAGGGCAAUUUGCAGGAGCCGUCAACCAUCAAUAUGCGUGACUUCAUCAACGAAUUGGAGGAUUACGUGCCAACGAUUCCAGAUGCCGUAACUACGCAUUUUAUGCGUGCAUGCGGAUGCGACUGCAGUGAUCCAAGAAUAGUGAGACUAGUUGCCCUCGCAACUCAGAAAUAUGUGUCUGACAUCAUCCUUGAUGCGAUGCAGCAGGCGAGAAUGAAAGGUCUGGGACAAACGAAGAAGGGUACAAAAGAGACGCGCUACUGUCUGACAAAUGAUAUCUUGGAGCCGGUCUUGAAAGAAUACGGUAUUGAUUUUGUGCUACCUCCAUAUAUGCACUAGGAUGGGUAUACUUUUCCUCUUAGAGUACUGGUGUUUCUAUAAUCUUAUUGUUACCUGUGUCUGCUCUUUCUAUAAUAACAAGUGUUUAUGAAUGUUAUAUCCAUUAUUGUGUAUGUAUUUACCUAAAUAUGUAAAAAAAUCACUUUUAGUGAGUGAUUUGCCUGGUUUUUUCUUUUUUUGGAGGUCUGUUCUGUUGAUUUGUACGCAACGCUUUAUUGCAUGAUAAAUUUUGUCUUUCAGUCU